AUGAGUUCGCUGCGCAAUUGCAUGCAGGCGAGCGCAGAGCUGACGGAGCAGCGCAUCGCCGAGCUAAGGACGCACUUCGAUGCGCAAUGGCGCUUCAAGUUCGAGACGGUGCUGGGACGCGGAAGUUUCGGCGUGGCCGUUCGCAUUCUCGAGAGGCAAGCGUGGGGGAGGUCUCGUCGGUUGGCGGUCAAGAGGGCCCUACAGGCCGCGUCCGCGGACGACCUCAGGAAUGAAAUCAGGUGGCUGGAGACACUCGGCGGCGCGGUGCACAUCGUCCGCGUUGUUGGCACCAGCGACGACCCGCGACCUCCGACGAGGGGCGGGAGGACUCUGAGACGCAGGCUCGCGAGGUUGACACGAAACAAGUCGUCGUUCCUUGUUGGACUCGGGGGACUGGUUCUGGUGAUGGAAUAUCUCGAAAACGGGGAUCUGUCACGGUUGCGAGAGCGCGCGUUUCGGCACAACCAGCUCUUGCCGAACAGAGUGCUGUGGGGAUUCUUCCUAUGCCUGAUUCGGGCUGUUGUAGGUAUGGCAUACCCGCAGAUUAGAGGCAUCGGCGCUGCACCAAAGCUAGAGACAAUACCUACUGAUGGAACACCGCCGGGGACGUUGGAACAUGGCGACUUGCACAUGGGCAACGUGAUGGUUGGAGGAAUGGGCGACUUCGCCGAGCACAGCUUGAUUCCAGGUCUGAAGAUCAUCGACUUCGGGUUGGCAGUAGAGGCCACGGGCGUCGAGCAGAACGUUUCAGAUGUCGUCAAGCUAAUGAUAGAGACAAUAACGCGCCAGGUCAUAUUCGACAUAUUCGAUUAUCAGCGCUCUAUCCACAAAGGCGUCGAAACAACGGCAACCCUAGUCCUGCCCCAAGGGAAUGGGGCGAUCCCAUAUCCAACGCUUGAUGAUGAUCUCAGGGACUUGCUGGCGCGGUGUGUGGCGGUUGAUGCGAGACUACGCCCGACCCUGGCGGAAAUGCUGGAGACAGCGCAGAACGCGGUGAUGAACAAGACGGCCGCGACAUAUGCGCCGAAUGAUGGAUUGGAGACAGAUGCUGCAGUUGAAGCUGUGUUGAAAACACUUGUGUACGAUGCAGAUACGUAA